ACAUCUCAAAACGCCGGUAUCGGUAACCAAAACACUCCAAAAUAAAACAGUAAUUUUUAUUUUAUAGAUACGGUAAAAUGUGAAAAUUACUCGUGUAAAAUGAAAAGUCCAGUAAAAUCUUUAGAAUUGUAUUCAUAUUUUUUGAUUUGGACCUGCUCUACCAUAUAUUCGCUUUUUAGACUGUUUGAAGCUCAAGAAGAUAUUUUACAAAGGAACAAAGAAUCUCUGCCACAGUUAAAUGACUUGAAGCCUGGGUGGGGAUUUACAUCGAGGCUUAAAGAUGUUUCGGAUAUCGAAUGGAGCAGCUGGAAAUAUUUUAUACAGACCUUCUGGUAUCACUUGAUAAUCCAGUUCACAAUAUCUGAAAUUAUUCGGAUAUUAUAUUGUAAACUUUUAAAGUACUGGUACAUUGCUUCCACAGUUAUUUUCAUUUUCUUGAACAUGGGUGUCAAGCAAAUGCUGGUUAUAGUCGUCCAGCCUGUAUUUUUUCUGAUCGUUAUAUAUUAUGGAGGGAAGAAACUCAGUAUUUGGAUUGUUAGCAUGAUCCUACUCCUUACUUACAAUUCCUUGAAGGAUGUGUCCUUUUUCUGGGACUUUUUGGACCCUAACAAUGCUAAUAAUGAAGAAGUGUAUUUAACAUUGUUUAGUAUAGCUUGGAUACAGCUCAGGUGUAUUAGUUACUCGCUAGAUUACAUUGAGAAUAGAGAAAAUGAACAAAUAACAAGAAAUAGUAUAUUAAACAUGUUUACGUACAUACUAUACUUGCCUCUAUUAUACACUGGUCCUAUUGUUCUUUAUGAGGAAUUUGAAAAGAGCUUUACAGCAAAACCUGAAUACCUCCUAACCAGACUAAAGAGAUUUAUCGGAGAUAUGAUAUUGUAUUUAUUUUACACAUUUAUCUUGGACCUGCUAUUUCAUUACAUCUAUUUCUUUGCAAUGCAGAGUGACAUAGAAAUGGUGCGGCAAUUUCCUACUUUUGCAUUAUGCGGAGGGGGCCUGUGGAUGGGUCUGGAAUUUCAUUUGAAGUAUGUUAUAUCAUAUGGAACAACAACAGCUUUUGCCAGACUUGACAAUAUAGAACCUCCACCAACUCCAAGAUGUAUAGCGAGGAUUCAUGUAUACUCUCACAUGUGGAGAUAUUUUGAUGUUGGUCUUUACAGAUUUUUAGUCAAAUAUAUCUACAGACCGAGCUAUAGUGCAAUUUGUGAAAACUUCAGGUUACCAAGGGUUGUGUAUAAGUUAAUGGCUUCAUUGUUGACAUUUAUUUUUAUAUUCAUGUGGCAUGGGACAGUGUGGCACAUAUUUUUAUGGUCACUAUUCAACUACUGUGGGAUCACGUUGGAGCAGUUUGGAAAAGUAGUUGCUAAACAAAAACUGUACAAAUCCUUUAAGGAGAAACUUCUUAAGACUGACGCCAUGGAGGCUCGUUUUAUUGCUUUUUUAUGUUCACCUUUGUUGGCACUAUCUGCUAUAUCUAACUUCUAUCUGUUUGCUGGCAAUGAUGUUGGUAAUUUAUUUUUCGAAUGUUUCUCUGAUCCAGCUUCAUUUAAUGUUAUUAUUUUAAUUACUUCAUUAUACUGUUGUUGCCAUGUAUCAAUGGCCUUGGAGGACGUACCUUCAAGAACCGCUAAGAAAAUUGAAAAAGUUUUAUGACACUAACUUUAGUAGAUGUAAUUUACUUGAUACUUGUAUUGUAACUUUUACAUCACAUUUGAAGUCACAAAACUUAACAUGUAAUAAUAUUUAUUUUAUACAACAUAUUUUAUACACUUUUAAAGAGCAAUAAAUUGAUAUACA